AUGGUCCUCCAAGAUCUGGGCCGACGCAUCAACGCCGCCGUCACCGACAUCACACGUGCCCAGACGCUCGACGAGAAGGCCUUCGAUGGCAUGAUCAAGGAGAUCUCCAACGCUCUCGUGGAAGCCGACGUCAACAUCAAACUCGUAUCAUCUCUCCGGAAAUCCAUAAAAUCCUCCGUGAAAUUCCAGGACCUCCCGCCACACGCGAACAAGAAGCGCAUAAUUCAAAAGGCCGUCUUCGAUGCGCUGGUCGAUAUCGUAAACCCCCACCAAACGCCGUAUAACCCAAAGAAAGGAAAGAGCAAUGUGAUCAUGUUUGUGGGUCUUCAAGGUGCGGGAAAGACGACAACAUGUACCAAGUUGGCGAGGUGGUAUCAGGCUAGAGGGUUCAAGACGUGCUUAGUGUGCGCGGAUACCUUCAGAGCUGGUGCUUUUGACCAGCUGAAGCAGAAUGCGACUAAGGCCAAGAUUCCCUACUAUGGCUCGCUUACACAGACAGACCCUGUGGUGGUAGCAAGAGAUGGUGUAGAGAAGUUCAAAAAGGAGCGCUUUGAGAUUAUUAUUGUGGAUACCUCUGGUCGACAUCACCAAGAAGACGCCCUUUUCGCGGAAAUGGUGGAGAUUCAGGGCGCAGUACAACCGCAUCAGACGAUCAUGGUUCUGGACGCAUCAAUAGGUCAAGCAGCAGAGGCUCAAAGUAGAGCAUUCAAGGAGACGGCAGACUUUGGAGCAAUCAUUAUCACCAAGACGGACGGUGCGGCAGCCGGAGGAGGUGCGAUAUCCGCGGUAGCAGCAACACAUACACCGAUCGUUUUUAUCGGAACGGGAGAGCAUCUAUUGGAUCUGGAGAAGUUCAACCCGGAAUCGUUCGUAUCGAAAAUGCUCGGAUUUGGUGAUAUGCAAGGCCUCAUGGAGCACGUGCAAUCACUCAAGCUGGACAACAAGGAGACCAUGAAGAACAUUACGGAAGGAAAGUUCUCUGUCCGGGAUAUGCGAGACCAGCUACAGAACAUCAUGAAGAUGGGCCCCUUGUCAAAGAUGGCUGGCAUGAUCCCUGGCUUGAGCGGCAUGAUGGGCGGUAUGGAUGACGAAGAAGGAAGCAUGAAGCUCAAACGUAUGAUCUACAUCUGCGACAGCAUGACACAAAAGGAGCUUGAUUCAGAUGGCAAGAUGUUCGUCGACCAACCUACACGUAUCACCCGGGUAGCAAGAGGCUCAGGUACAUCGGUCCGCGAGGUGGAAGAACUCCUUUCACAACAGAAGAUGAUGGCCAACAUGGCUAAGAAGAUGGGCAAGAAUAUGGGCAACAUGCAGAAGGCUCAGGCUGCCAUGGGCGGAGGCAACAAGCAACAACAGAUGGCCAACUUGCAGAAGCGUCUCCAGAGUAUGGGCGGUGGCGCAGGUGGUAUGGGAGGCGGAGGCAUGCCCGAUCUUAGCAGUCUGAUGAAGGCCAUGGGUGGAGGUGGAGGCGGGAUGCCUAAUCUGGGCGGCAUGGACAUUGGAAAGAUGAUGGAAAUGAUGGGCGGCGGAAAGAGAUGA